AUGGAUGGUUCAGGCGACGAUGAUGCAAUUGACAAAGCUGGCGAUGCAACCGUUACAAUCUCUCCGGCCCAAAGGGAUUAUGCCUCCAAGACGAAGCUGGGGAAGGGAGCCAUUGCGCUUCCAAACUACGACACAUGGCUCCAAACGAAGGAGAAGAGGUCCGGGUAUUUGCACCGCGCUCGCGCUUUUGGUGUCCGCGCAAAGAAGUUCGUUCUCCGGAUCAAGGACAUUCCACCAAGCAAAGAUGGGCGACACAUCGACUUGGAUCCUUCGAGGAGAGAAGCCCUCACUGAUGAGCGAACCAAGCAGCCAUACAUUACCAACUGGAUAAGGUCCACCCGUUACUCCGCCUGGAAUUUCGUACCUCGCCAGCUGAUCGCCCAGUUCUCGAAACUAGCCAACUUCUACUUCCUCUGCAUUUCCAUCCUUCAACUGAUACCCGGUCUUAGUACGACAGGAACAUUCACGACCAUUGUCCCGUUGAUGUUUUUCGUGGCUCUUUCGAUAGCCAAGGAAGGCUAUGAUGAUCUGCGAAGGUACCGGCUCGACAAGGCUGAGAACAACAGGGAAGCCAAAGUACUGCGGGCCAACAAGACUCCUCGUGACUACCUUAGCGAGGACAGCCGAAGCUCGCCAUCGAUUGGAGAACUCAACUGGGAAGCGAUCAAGUGGCAGGACAUCCAUGUGGGUGAUAUCAUCAAGCUUGAACGAAACGACGCAGCGCCAGCGGAUCUUGCCCUCCUGCACACCAGCGGAGACAAUCAUGUUGCCUAUGUAGAGACCAUGGCACUGGACGGUGAAACGAACCUCAAGAGCAAGCAGACAACGGCAUCGCUUUCGAAUGCUAUCGACAGCCAGGAGGAUAUCCUAGGUUGCGCCGCCCACUUCGUUGUCGAAGACCCCAAUCAAGACUUGUACAACUUCGAAGGGCGGGUCACGGUAGAUGGCAAGACUGCCCCGCUGACUCUCAAUGAGAUCAUCUUCCGUGGCAGCAUCCUGAGGAAUACUCCUGAUGCUGUUGGCCUGGUGAUCUACUCGGGUGAAGAAUGCCGCAUCCGAAUGAAUGCGAACAAGAACCCCCGCAUCAAGGCUCCGGCACUCCAGUUCCUUGUCAACCGUAUCGUUGUUCUUAUUGUGGUCUUCGUCCUCGCUCUAGCCAUCUUCAACACGGUAGCCUACAGGAUCUGGCGCGGCAAGGAGGAUGACCUUUUCUACCUAUCCGGACAGUCUGUUCCCUUCUUCCCAAACCUGACGUCGUUCAUUAUCAUGUUUAAUACCAUGAUCCCUCUAUCGCUGUACGUCAGCUUGGAAAUCGUCAAACUUGCCCAGAUGUUCUUCCUCCAUGCCGAUGUCGACAUGUACGAUCCGGUCUCGGAUACUCCUUGCGAACCUAGGACAUCGACUAUUAAUGAGGAGCUAGGACAGAUCAGCUAUAUCUUCUCAGACAAGACCGGGACCCUUACCGACAAUUCAAUGAAGUUCCGUAAGAUGAGCGUAGGAGGAGCAUCGUGGCUUCAUAACGCUGAUUUGCAGGACCAGCAGAAGAAGAAGCUCAUACAUAAGAAGAGGAAGAAGGGGAAACAGCCUGUUAGAAAGAGCGUACGGUCCGCGAAAGACAUCGCAUCCCCCAUCGAACCUACCACGCCCGCCCUUGAAGCCGGCGAGCAAGCCGAAGGUGCGGCAGACAAUACACAGGAAUCGAAAUGGAAAUCUACAGCGAAACCUAGCAAAUCCCAACGCGAGCUGCUUACUUGGGACAUGCUUCGAUAUAUUCAACGAAGGCCGCAGACACCAUUUUCGAAGAAAGCGCGUAUGUUCCUUCUGUCACUCGCGCUUUGUCACACAGUCCUUCCAGAAAUACAAGAAGACGGCAAGACGCAUUUCAUGGCUUCUUCUCCGGACGAACUGGCACUCGUUCAAGCUGCGCAGGAUAUGGGCUUUCUUGUGAUCAACCGCGACGUACACACCAUUACGCUGAAGAUCAACCCUUCAGGAACGGGCGUUGAGCCUGUUCAGGAGACGUACGAGGUCUUGGACGUGAUUGAAUUCUCCAGCAAGCGGAAGAGGAUGUCGAUCGUUGUCCGCUUCCCCGAUGGCCGAAUAUGCAUUAUGUGCAAGGGAGCGGACUCCAUUGUCAUGGAGCGUCUUAAGCUUGCUACUCUAGCCAACAAGAAACAGGUAGAGAUAGAACGGCGCGCAAGUAAGAGAAAGAGCAUAGAAGCGCAGCAAGCUAUUGCGCGAAUGAGCGAGCAGCUGGAGCGGAAGAGUAGUAUUGGUGGACGGAAGAGCCUCACAUUGAGCCAAGCAGCCCGCGCUAGCCUUAGCAUGGGAAGGCCUUCAUUGGGUAGAGUCAGCAUUGGUGGGCUCGCACGACGUAGUACUGGCGGUCCUUCGCUCCCAGCAGUGCGAGAUGAGGUAGACCAAUGGCUGCGAGAACGGGAGAACGACUUCGAAAUACAGUCUAUCGACGAGAACAGUCCGAUGCAGACGCCGCGGCAAUCGGGCUUGGACCGAUUUUCCAUGGCCUUUUCCGAAGCCAGAAGCUCGAUGCAGAUGGAGGAGAUGGACGAAAUGGUCGAUGAAAAUGUUGCUGCUGAUGAGUCCGCAGUCAUUGAGCGUUGUCUUCAGCACAUCAAUGACUUUGCCACCGAAGGAUUGCGCACCCUGCUCUACGGCUAUCGCUUCCUUGACGAGGACGAGUACUCGAUAUGGAAGAAGGGCUAUCUCGAUGCCACCACAAGUCUCGUUGACCGCGCACGCCUGAUUGAGGAAGCGGGAGAUAUGAUCGAGCAAGAUCUGGAGCUUUGUGCCGCGACCGCCAUUGAAGACAAAUUGCAGAAAGGUGUUCCGGAAGCCAUCGACAAGCUUCGCAGAGCCAAGAUCAAGAUGUGGAUGCUUACGGGCGACAAGCGAGAGACGGCCAUCAACAUCGGCUAUUCGUGUCGUUUAAUCAAGGAUUAUUCCCAGGUCACCGUGCUCGAUCAUGAGACUGGAGAGGUGGAGCAGAGCAUCGGCGCCGCAGUUCUAGCCAUCAAUCGCGGCACUGUGGCGCAUUCCGUCGUUGUCGUUGACGGGCAAACGCUAGCCCAGAUCAACGAGGUCGAACCCCUGAAAGUUCUCUUCUUCGAUCUGGCGAUUCUUGCCGACUCGGUCAUCUGCUGUCGUGCUUCGCCGUCUCAGAAAGCAGGGCUUGUCAAGAGCAUCCGCAAGCGAGUGAAGAAGAGCAUCACGCUGGCUAUUGGAGAUGGCGCCAACGACAUCGCCAUGAUUCAAGAGGCCCACGUGGGCAUUGGUAUUACGGGCAAAGAAGGCCUCCAGGCAGCCAGAACGAGCGAUUACUCCAUUGCACAGUUUAGGUUCCUCACGAAACUCCUGCUUGUACAUGGUCGGUGGAAUUACGUUCGGACGUGCAAGUAUACCGUCGGCACGUUCUGGAAGGAAAUGUUAUUCUAUCUCACCCAGGCUCUUUAUCAGCGCUCUGUAGGCUACACCGGAACCUCACUCUACGAAUCGUGGUCCCUCUCCAUGUUUAACACUCUCUUCACGUCGCUUCCCGUCAUCUUCAUGGGUAUAUUCGAAAGGGAUCUCGCUGCAUCUACCCUACUUGCAGCCCCAGAACUCUACACUAAAGGGCAGCGCAAUGGCGGCUUCAACGUUAAGGUCUACCUUGGCUGGAUGUUCAUGGCGAGCUCAGAAGCCAUGGUCGUUUAUUUCUGCAUGCUGGGUCUAUAUGGCCAAGCGCUGUUUACGGAGGAUAAUUCCAUCUUCGCGCUGGGCAGCAUUACUUUUACGGCUUGCGUGGUGCUCAUCAACUUGAAGAUGCAAUUCAUCGAAACGCACUCGAAAACUCUCACCAACGUCAUCGCCCUCGUCCUCUCCAUCGGCGGCUGGUUCCUCUGGAACAUCAUCCUCGCCGCUACCUACAACCCAGCCAGCAAAAUCUAUUACGUGCGCGACGCCUUCUUUGGCAGCUACGGCCGCUCGCCCACCUGGUGGCUCUGCCUCAUCCUCAUCCUCUCGUCCGCCCUCGUCUUCGAAUUCGGCGUCUCCUCGCUCCGCGCGGCCUUCUUCACUACCGAGGAAGACGUCUUUCAGGCGCUGGAGAAGAAUCCAGCGGUUAAAAGGCGGUUCGAGGAGGCAGCGGCCGAGGAGUUGCAGCAGGGUUGGGAUCGCAAGACGAAUAAGGAGAGAGAUGGGGAGGAGAGGGUUAGGAAGGUGGUGAAGGAGCUCGAGAGGAAGGAGGAGGAGAGGAGAGAAGAGGUGGUGAGGGAGCUGUUGAGGAACAGAGUUGACGGUGUGGAGUGGGACGCGGAUGUACAGCGCAGGGCGAGCGCGCUGGGGUUGGAGGGUGAGGAGGUGGAUCGAAUUUUAUCAAGGGGAUAUGGGCGGGUUAGGGGGGAUGAGAUGGGCCGGACGUGA